UUCUCUUUCAGGUUUUGGGUAGGAUUGUAGAUGCGACUGUUUAGAAAUGGACGUCGGGGAGCUGUUGAAUUACAAGCCUGCCAAAGAGCCAAAGCGAGGCCUAGAUGAUGAUGAAGAAGCAGCGGACACACGGCCGAGAAAGCGCCUGCAACACGGUGCCGCUGGAAGAGUUUCUCGUUUUGCUCCUGUGCGGGAUGACCCAGAUUUCACGCCUAGAGUCGCCUUGGAACCCGCGGAUGCUCCAGAACCUGAUGCUGGCGUUGACAUUCUUGAUGACACAAAUCUCAAGAAACUUAUUCUCAACUUCGAGAAAAGGGUGCUCAAAAACCAAGAGCUCAGGAUCAAAUACCCUGAUCUCCCUGAAAA